AUGAUGGAAAGGCGCUACCGAAGAUCCAGCAGGGAGCGGCGCUCUUUGUUCGGCUCAGUGGCCGCGUCCCCGUGGGCGUGGUGCGGCCUUCUCUCGCUGUCGGCCCUGCUGGGGUACGUCAGCUACCGGUACUUCGGCCGCGCGGCGCGUCCGCGCGCCGCGUCCAGGAGGCGCCCCGGUCGCGGCGGCGCGGGCAAGGCGCACCCCGCGGAGGAGGGGGAGGGGCGGGCGGAGUCGUCCGCCAAGUCGUCCGUGGCCGUGCCGGGCAAGGGCUCUAGCGAGUCGCUGAUGCUGGACCAGCUCGCAUGGUGGCUGAACAUCGCGAAGGACCAGUUCGAGUCGAAGAGGUUCAAGGGCGCCCAGUACUACGCGCAGAAGGCGAUCGACGCGAUGAGGCAGAUUCCCGAGCUAGAGAGGAGCUUCAAGAUGUGCGAGAUGAUGUUCAUAUUGGCGUACACCUCCGCCGACCAGGACAAGUCCCGGUACCUGCGGGAGCUAUUAGAAAUUGACGAGCUUCUCCAGAGUUACAAGGGAGACAAGGAGCUGGAGAAGGAGUACUGCCUGCUGCAGGGGCGAGUGUGCGCCGCGUGCAGCGACGUGUACAUGGGUCUAAACGACUGGGAGAAGAGCGAGAAGUACAUAAGGAGGUCGAUUGAGACGUUUUCCAACGCGUUUAGCGAUUCCAGUUCUAGUUUGGCCAACUUGACGGUGCAAUAUUACCAGUUGUCGAUAGUGCAGACGCGUCUCCGCGACUACGAGGCCGCGAUGCGGUCGGUCGUCGAGGCGCAGAGCUGCUUCAAAGAGUCGAAGCUGCCCGAGAACAUGUUGUCGGCGAUAGUUCGCCAGAGAGCCGACGUUUUGGUCGCGCUGGGUAGUUACGAUGAGGCCAAGUCCUUGAUUAUGUCCCACAUGGAAAAGAUGGAGGAGGUGUUGCCAUCCGAGUCGUACUCUCCGUCGGAGUCCUCCCAGGACAUCUCCAUGAACAUGCUCUACUUGGCUAGACUUUAUUAUGACUUGGGCGACUACGCUGAGUCCGCCUCGCUUCUGAGAAAGGCCCUCGACGCCUACGCCAGUCCGACGGUCCUCGCGUUCUUGGCGACCGCCCUGUUCGACUUGGGGCGCAACGACGAGGCUGCGGAGAUGCAAGACCGCAUCAAGAGCCUCGCCUCUGGGAGCAACUUACCUCUGACUAUUUCCAAGUGUCUCAGGACUGUGUCGUGCUCGGUCAGUCGCAAGGACAGCACUUCUCCUUAUAUUUAUCGACUCGUCCUCGAAAUCAGACAUCACAUUUCCGAUACGACUUCCAUGAAGCUGAAUCCCGGCAAUUACCUCGAAAUCAUCGUUCGCCCCCACCUCUCGAAGGACGGCGUCCCCAGCUCCAAGCUCCCGUCUCCCCCGCCCAUCCGCGGCUACACCGUCUCCGGAAACGAACGCAACGACGCGAUCAAGCUCAAGGGCUUCGUGUCCCACUCCGACCAAGUCCAGUUCUACGAACUCGUCGUCGUCUGCUACACCGACUCCCAGAAGAAGGAGAAACUCGGCGCCCACCACCAACUCUGCAGGCUCUCCGAGCUCACCCUCCAGCAAAAGCGCAUCUACCUCCAAAUGCUCUCCGACAAGUCCGGCCACUCUCUCGCCGACAGGGAAAGCGACGACUCGGACUUCCUCGAACCCCCCGUCUCCUACACCUCCAAGCACCUCGACGACACCAUCGAACGCCUUCUAGACGAAUUCGCCCUCGAAGACGCCUCGACCCCAACCGACCGCCUCAGCGACUAUCGGUCCGAACUCCUGCUCACCACUCCCAUCGACUCCGACCCCUCCUCCCACGAAGACCACGACCCCUCCACUCCCGAGGCUCCCGGCGAGAUGCCGGCGGAAUCGCCGCCGCAGUUGGGCGAGUCGCGCGGACCGGAGUCGGGACCGGAGUCGGAACCGGAACCGGAGCCGGAACCGGAGCAAACUCCACUAGUGCCAGAGCAAUCGGAGCCGGAGCCGCUGGAACCGGAGCAAACUCAACCGGAACCGGAGCAAACGGAGCUAGACCAAACUCAACCCGAGCAAUUGGAGCCGGAGCCGCUGGAACCGGAGCAAGCUCAACCGGAAUCGGAGCCGGUGCAGCCGGAACCGGAAUCGGAGCAAACGGAACCGGAGCAACCGGAACCGGAAUCGGAGCAAACGGAACCGGAGCAGCCGGAACCGGAAUCGGAGCAAACGGAACCGGAGCAACCGGAACCGGAACCGGAGCAAACGGAACCGGAGCAACCGGAACCAGAGCAAACUCAACCGGAAUCGGAGCAAACGGAGCUAGAUCAAACUCAGCCGGAGCCGGAGCAAACUCGACCGGAAUCGAAGUCGGAGCUACCGGAACCGGAGCAAACGGAGCUGGAUCAAACUCAACCCGAGCAAUCGGAGCCGGAGUCGCUGGAACCGGAGCAAACUCAACCGGAACCGGAGCAAACGGAGCUAGACCAAACUCAACCCGAGCAAUCGGAGCCGGAGUCGCUGGAACCGGAGCAAACUCAACCGGAAUCGGAGCAAACGGAGCUAGACCAAACUCAACCCGAGCAAUCGGAGCCGGUGCCGCUGGAAUCGGAGCAAACUCAACCGGAAUCGGUGCCGGUGCAGCCGGAACUGGAGCAAACUCCACCUGCACCAGAGCAAGCUCAACCGGAACCGGCACCAGAACAAUCGAUGCCGGAACCAACUCAACCGGCACCUGAACCAACUCAACCGGAACCGGAGCACGCUCAACCGGUGCCUGAACCAGCGCAACCCGAAAUCGAAGGAGCAGCGGUAUCUGAAACUCAACAAACUCAACCGGAACAAAUGGAACACGCUCCGCCGGAACUCGAGCAAAAGGAAACGCAGCCGAAACUAGAGGAUGCAGAAAAAGCGCCGCAGGAUACGGACGCACCCGUGAACGGCGUCUCGGAAAUGCACGGCAGCGACGGGUUUUUUGAAGCGAACGAAUCGUCUGUCGACGCGACAGAGGGGCCCGAAUAUUUUGAGCCAUAUUCGGUGAGCGACGAAGAGUUUGAUAAGAUGCUAUCUGACUCGGAAGCAGACGAAUUUCAUUUGAUCGACUCUGGCUCCGAGUUUGACGAGGCCGAUAUCAAAACAGAUAUGAGCACGGAAAUCAGUGAGAGUUACUUCAAAGAUCCAGACGCGGAGCCGCUGAGUUCUAUGAGCAACGAAGCCUCUACCGAGUCUAGCGCGGUAAUCUCGAUAGACGAAGAUGACAGCGGCUACUGACAUAUACAGUGUACUUAAGAAAACGCGCUACGAGAGGGAAGGGGGUCUGGACGCGAAACGGUGAGAGAUGCAAAAAAAAAAAAA